UAGUUACGGAACGGGUAUCAUGAAAUCGUAGCCCAACUCGCUGAGACAUAGGCAAAUUUGCUUGGUUCCUUUCCCCUCCCACAUUGUGGCGUUGUGAAACGGCAAAGUGACGGAAAUGUCACGCACUCGCAUUGCUGCUAUUCACCGCUUACGCUACAGCUUCACCUACACCGCAUCAUUAUCUGCAACUACUCUCUCUCGCUCUCAAUUCCAAUGUCAUGGUUAUUCUUCUUCCGCCCCCAAUCAAGGCCUAGUCGGUGGCGGCCACGAGCAUUACCCCACUGGAGACUUUGAUUUCAACCCUAUCACAGGAUGGAAAAAAAGUAUCGUCAAGCUCAAGAUGCUAACAGCCUGGCCCUGGGAGCGUCUCCGAUACGGCACCGUCUUCACUGUCAAGUUGCGCGGCCAGAUUUCGGAUCAGCUCAAGACUAGAUUCUCUCCGGGAUUAUCUCUGCCUCAAAUUUGUGAUAAUUUCUUGAAGGCGGCUUAUGAUCCUCGAAUUUCCGCCAUCUAUCUUCACAUUGAUAUUUUAAACUGCGGUUGGGCCAAGGUCGAAGAAAUUCGAAGGCACAUCUUGAAUUUCAGAAAAUCAGGGAAAUUUAUUGUGGCUUACGUCCCUUCAUGUCGAGAAAAAGAAUACUAUAUUGCAUGUGCCUGUGAAGAGAUAUAUGCCCCUCCAAGUGCUUAUUUUUCUUUGUUUGGAUUGACUGUUCAAGCCCAAUUCGUCAGAGGUGUUUUGGAGAAUAUUGGAAUUGAACCACAAUUGGAAAGGAUUGGCAAAUACAAAAGUGUAGGAGAUCAACUAACCCGUAGAACCAUGUCUGAAGAUCAUCAUGAGAUGCUGACUUCAUUGCUUGAUAACAUCUAUACAAAUUGGUUGGACAAAGUCUCUUCUGCUAGAGGAAAGAAAAGAGAAGAUAUUGAGAAUUUCAUAAAUGAAGGUGUUUAUCAAGUAGAGAGGCUUAAAGAAGAUGGCUUCAUAUCAGACAUAAUGUAUGACGAUGAGGUUAUCACUAGGUUGAAGGAGAGACUUCAAGUGAAAACAAAUAAAAAUCUGCCUAUGGUUAAUUACAGAAAAUACUCUGGAGUCAGGAAAUCAACUCUUGGACUAUCAGGUGGUAAAGAUUUAAUAGCCAUCAUCCGAGCUUCAGGGAGUAUUCGUCGUAUCGAGAGUCCAUUAAGUUCCCGUAGCUCAGGUAUCAUUGGAGAGAAGUUCAUUGAGAAGAUACGCAGGGUUAGAGAGUCAAAUAAAUAUAAGGCAGCUAUUAUCCGAAUUGACAGUCCAGGAGGUGAUGCUCUUGCUUCCGAUUUGAUGUGGAGAGAAAUCAGGCUUUUGGCUGCCUCAAAACCCGUCAUUGCUUCAAUGUCUGAUGUGGCAGCAAGUGGAGGGUACUACAUGGCAAUGGGGGCAGGAGCUAUUGUUGCAGAAAGUCUUACCUUAACUGGUUCAAUUGGAGUGGUCACAGGAAAAUUUAACCUUGGGAAACUUUAUGAGAAGAUUGGCUUCAACAAAGAAAUUAUAUCGAGGGGUAGAUAUGCUGAGCUCCGUGCAGCUGAACAGCGUUCUUUUAGACCAGAUGAAGCAGAGCUAUUUUCCAAGUCUGUGCAACAUGCUUAUAAACAAUUUCGAGACAAGGCUGCCGUUUCUCGAUCAAUGAGUGUAGACAAGAUGGAAGAGGUUGCACAGGGAAGGGUUUGGACUGGUAAGGACGCAGCUUCUCAUGGUUUGAUUGAUGCUAUUGGUGGUCUUUCUCGAGCUGUUGCCAUUGCAAAAUUGAAGGCCAAUAUACCUCAAGACAGACAGGUUACUAUUGUGGAGCUCUCGAGACCCAGCCCUACUCUGCCCGAGAUUUUAAGUGGUCUAGGUAAUUCUCUCGUUGGAGUAGACACAACUUUAAAGGAAUUAUUACAGGACCUGACAGUUUCCCAUGGAGUCCAAGCACGAAUGGAUGGGAUCAUGUUUGAGAAAUUGGAAGGAAAUCCACACGCCAACCCCAUUUUGACAUUAAUUAAAGAUUAUCUUAGUUCCCUCUAGUUGUUUAUAAUAUGAGGUCUAAACUCGUUGAGACUUUUGGGUUUUGAUAAUGAAAAAAAAAAUACGACUGAAAAAAAUUAAAUUGUGGUAAUCGUGACAAUUUCUUACCCUUGUCAUUGUUAAUACUAAUGUUAGUACAAGGGAAAUAAGGUUCAAAAUUUUUAA